AUGGAUAUGAAGGAGAGAGUGGAAAAACUUUCUGAUAUGUGCAAUGAUAUCAAUAAUCAAGCUGAUAAUAUGAUUGCAACUUUAAAUGCUUACAAUGAUGGCAAAAGCGGAAUAUUUUACAUUGUUGCUGCUUACUCCGUCGACUUUGGUUUUAAUAUUUUACGUAGCAUUUUUGCUGCUAUCACUUCGAUUAUUCCGGUUAAAUUUGAACUUUCACCCCAAGCAAUAACAAACUUUUCACAUCAGCUUCCAAAGUUUUGGUAUUUAAUGGAAACAUUUAUUUUACUGUUGUUGUUUUUACUAUGCUAA